GGAGUCCCUGUCAUCUAGCAGUGAUUAUCACAUCUUCAAGGACCCAGAAAAUGUCGAAUACUACACAGGCAUUUAUGAAAGGGCAAAGUACGAGUGUCGUCACUUGUUCGACCCUGGAUUUGUUUGGAGUGCUAAAGAAGAACGCAAAGUCAUUUGGAAAUGUGAUUGGAGAGUUACCUUUUGGGCUUACAUCAUGUUCACCGCAUUGGACUUUGAUAGGGCUAACAUAGCUCAGGCUCUAAGUGAUAAUUUGCUUGACGAUUUGGGACUAACCACAAAUGACUACAACAACGCCAAUACCAUCAACUUGGUGUGUUUUCUAAGUGCAGAGCUGCCAUCUCAGCUGAUCUCUAAGAAAAUCGGUGCUGAUUUAUGGAUUCCAACUCAACUGUGCCUGUGGAGUAUAGUUUCCAUAUCUCAAGCUGCCAUAACAAAUAAAGCUGGGUUCUACGUCACCAGAGCCUUGAUUGGGUUGUUCCAAGGAGGGUUUAUCUGUGAUACUUGUCUGUGGAUGUCUUAUUUUUACAAGACCUCUGAGAUGCCAAUGAGACUCUCGCUGUUCUACAUUGCAAACCCUCUGACAAACAUCAUGAGUGCACUUUUAGGCUUUGCCCUCAUAAGAAUUAAUACUGGUUUGCUUCCACAUGGCUGGCAGUGGGUUUUCCUCCUGGAGGGUAUCUUUACUCUGCUUGUUGGCAUCUUGAGCUAUUUCAUGAUGCCUGCUUCUGCAGCGCAGACAAAGACAUGGUACAGGAAGAAUGGAUGGUUUACUGACCGCGAGGAAAAGAUCGUUGUCAAUAGAGUGCUGAGAGAUGACCCUACAAAGGGUGACAUGAAUAACAGACAACCUGUGAGUUUGAAAGAGUUGGUCUUGUCCCUAACCGAUUUUGAUCUUUUGCCUAUCUACGCUGUAAGAUUUCUUGGUGAUUUGAUGACCGCACCGGUAUCCAGUUACCUCACUUUAACUCUUCGCCAGUUGGGAUUCUCCAAGUUUGAUACAAACUUGUUGACUAUACCUGCAAAUGUACUGUGUAUCGUCACAAUGAUCAUCACCGGUUGGCUCAGUGAAAGGCUACAAACCCGUGCGUUGAUUCUUGCAUUUACAGCCACUUGGUGUGCAGCUUGUCUUAUACCCUUGAGGUUCUGGCCAGGCACCCAGGUUGACGUUUGGCCAACAUAUGUUCUUCUCACAAUCUUACUUGGACGAGCUCCCUUUUGGCCGCUCUCGAUCUCAUGGUGCUCUGCCAAUUCCAACUCUGUGCGUGCCAGGGCUGUAAGUGCAGCCCUUGUCAACAUGUUUUCACAGGCCGCGAGUGUUGUAGGGUCAAACGUGUACAGAGAUGAUGAUAGACCGUUAUACCAUAGAGGAAACAGCUGGCUUGUUGGGGUUAGCAUUGCAGCAGUUUUGAUGUGCUUGGCUACAAGACAGUAUUACAUCUGGAGAAACCGCCAAAAGGCACGUAAGUGGGAUCAACUGACACCAGAGGAGCAACAGAUAUACCGCAAUACUUCAAGAGACGUUGGUAACAGGAGACUUGAUUUCCAAUUUAUUUAUUAACAUUAACUCAUAGCAUUGCUUUCUUUUCUUUCCGAGGUAAGAUACUGUAACACUUCACUUAGCUCUUAUGUAUAUGUGCCUGUAUACCUAACGUUACAACUGUCCCCCGAUGUAUUGCCCUGUGACAAAAGAGGCCAGCCAUCCGAGGAAUUGAGGGAAGUAGACUGCAUCCAAAAGACCUGGACCUGGACAGACUCCUAGUAGACCCCAUCCCAAACCGAAGAUGGCGUUACCAAUGACAAAUUUCGUAGGGAUCUCUGUCGAGUUUGCGCAGUGGAACUCAUCCUCCAACAAAGGCUUGUCAAUCUUCUUCCACACAAAGAUGUUCGGCAGCACUGCAAACACCAUAAUCAGCAUCAA